CAGCAGGCGUAAAGUGUGUUUCUAAAUGCGUCGCGCCUUGAUAUUUUAAUAGCUCACGACCAUCCUACUUGAUUCGCGACCUCCUGACUGGUUGAAGAUACCUUUGCACAAAUUUCCAGCAACCAGACCCCAAAUACGUCGCCAGUGUUAUCUUAGACAUAAACAUCAACGCGCAACCUUGGCCUGGCUGCUUUGGCCUCGCCAGAACGGUGCAACUCUGUCUUCCCCACUUGGGGUGUGAAUUAAAACAAGCAGCAUUUCGCCAUCAAGCAUGAACUGCAUAUCACAACGGCUAUGUUACUGCCGGUCGAGCGGCGUAGAGCGCUGAGGCGCUAGGAGUGCGCAUCUUAGGCAGGCACAGUCCGCGCUUUCGGAGCACAACGCUCGUAAACCACUACGAAUUGGCGCAGCUGCUUGUAGUCCUCGAUUGGGCCACGGGCAACUUUGCGCCUGAGCUUGCUCUGAGGCUUGGGCGGGCACCCCACCACGUAACCCGGAGUCGCAGACGGAAUCGCAGCGGGGAUGGGGCAGUGCGUCUCCAAGCCCCCGGAUGGGAUGGCCUACACGGCCCCACCAGGGGCAGGGCCCAGUCAGUCGCCCGGAGCGCCAGUGCCCGGCGGCAACGCAGCCGCCGCUGCCGCCACCUAUCAGCAGCACAACGAGCCAUCCGCACAUGCCCAGCACAUGUCGCUGGCCAAGCGCAGUUUCCGGACAUCCAAUCGGUCGGUCAUUGAGGGCCUAGCCUCGAUAUACCAAGUAAAGACCGUGCUGGGGUCAGGCUGUGAGGGCAAGACGUGGCUAACUCAGGACCUGUCCACGGGGGCGCUGUGGGCCGUGAAGAUGGUGAAGCUGCCGCUGCACACCAAGAUGGUGCAGGCCAUCUUCCGCGAGAUCCGGAUCCAGUCGGAGCUGGGCGAGGGCCACAUCAACAUCAUCACGCCGCAGGAGGUGGUGCUGACCAGCCACUACCUAGGGCUGGUCAUGGAGUAUGCGCCUGGCGGCUCAUUGACGCAGUACGUGACGCGCAAGUGGAAGGAGACCGGUGGCGUUGGGCUGCUGAUGCAGGAGGAUGAAGCCGCAUACUUCUUCAAGCAGAUUGUGCACGCAGUGGACUACUGCCACCGGCACCGAGUGGUGCACCGCGAUCUGAAGCUGGACAACACGCUGCUAUCGGCGCACAACCCGCCGUUCGUCAAGAUCUGCGACUUUGGCUUCGCGCGCGGCUGGGGCGGCGAUGAUGCGCACUUCAACACCAUUAUUGGCACUCCCGACUACAUGCCACCCCAGCUGACAGCUGCGAAGGUGCACCGGACAGAGACGCAGUACGAUGGAACCAAGGCGGACGUGUGGAGCAUGGGCGUUUUGCUGGCGGUCAUGCUGCUCGGCAAGUUCCCCUUCGAUGACGCCGUCAACGCCGGCAACGACCCCAUGCGCACGGUCUACAUCCAGCAGCACACACACGCCCGCUGGCGCGACAACCCCGCGCUGCGCGACCACGUGCCGCUGCUGUCGCCCGAGGCGCUGGACAUCCUGGACCACUGCUUCGAGAAGGACGAGGCGAAGCGCAUCUCGGUGCGCGACCUGAUGCAGCACCCCUGGUUCCAGAGGCAGCUGCCGCCGUUCUACCAGCAGCCGCUGGAUGCGCUGUUCCGUGAGCAGACCGAGCUGGAGCGGCGAAUGAUGAGCGGCGCGAACAAGAGCAAGGAGCGCGACGCCGCCAUCGCCAACCUCAUCCGCAUGGCCUGCAGCGAGGAGUUCAAGAAGCAGGCCAUUGCACCGCUCACGCCGGAGAGCUCCUUCCAGCUAUACAUGCGCAUCAACCUGCGGUCCGUGCAGGAGCACUACCCCACCUUCAACCGCAACUCCGUCAAGGCCAUUCUCAAGGCCGAGAGCCGCCGCAACAGCCAACGCGGCAACAGCGGCCGCCCCAAGCUGACGAACGUACAGUGGGACCCGAACGCGCCGGAUGGUGGUUACGGCCCCAACUCGGGCUUCGGGCCCAACUCGGGUUACGGCCCCAACUCGGGCUUCGGGCCACAGUCGGGCGGCGGAUACGGUCCCGCCUCCGGAUACGGCCCCAUGUCUCAAUCCGGCGGCGGUUACGGGCCGCAGUCGGGCUACGGCAUGGGCCCCAACUCGGGCUACGGCACUGUGGGAGUUGCGGGCAUGUACCCAACCAAUUACCAGCAGGGCCCCCAGUCGUACGGCAUGGGUGGCAACUACAACGGGCCGCAGAGCAUGGGCGGCGGCGGCGGGGGCGGUGGGGGCGCGCCCACGUACGUGCCCGCCUCCUCCUCAUACCUCAACCCGCUUGGCCCGCCUGGGGGCAUGGGCGGCUACGGCGCGCCUCCCGGUAUGCAGCAGGGGAUGCAGCCGGGCAUGCAGCAGGGGAUGCAGCAGGGGAUGCAGCAAGGGAUGCAACAGGGGAUGCAGCAGGGCGCGGGCAUGGGCGCGUAUGGCGGCCCGCCGGGCGCAAACGGCGCGGGGCCGAGCAUGCAGCAGAUGCAGGGCCCACCCGGCGGCAUGCCUGGCGGCGGAAUGCCCAUGCAGCAGGGCGGCGGCAUGGGCGGCUACGGCGGCGCGCCAGCGGCCAACGGCGCUAACGGCCCAGGCCCAGGCAUGAUGUACGGAGGCGGCGGUGGUGGGCCGCCGGGGCCUAUGGGGCCCGGCCCCAUGCAAGGUCCGGCUCCCGGCAUGAUGUACGGUGGGCCGCAGCAGGUGGUUGCCCCGCAGCAGCAGAGCCCCGGCGGCCCGCCGCCCCAGUCGGGUGCGGCACAGUUCCGCCCGCCGGGCGCUAUGCAGCAGGGCCCGCCCCAGCAGCAGCAGCAGGGCCCGCCACAGCAACAGCAGCAACAACAGCAGAUGAUGGGACCGGGCGGCUUCGUGGGCAACCCUGCUUACGGCGGCUACCAAGGCGACGGCAUGGGGCCGGGCGGGCCGGGCAACAUGGGGCCUCCGCGCUUCAACCCGCCCCCGGGCCCGGGCGCAAUGGGUGGCCCCAUAGGCGGCGGUGCCGCGCCAGGCGGACCUAUGGGUGCUGGGCCGCCAGGAGGGCCGAUGAUGAUGCCUGGGCCGCCGCAGCAGCAGAUGCCGGGCGCCCCACAGCAGCCAGUGCGAUUCAAGCCGCCGUCAUCGGUGGGCGCGGGCAUGCAGGGCAUGGGCCCGGGCCCCAGCGGAUACGACCCUAUGCAACACUGAGCGACUGCAGUGACAGUUGCUGGUGCGCAGACUGUGGGCGGGGCCGCGCAGUACAGGGGUACCAGGGCAGGAAGACCCUUGCGCAUACGCUGAUUCGUAGACCAUUCAUGUCCUGGCCAUCACUAAUGCCAGAUAGUCAUCGGCGGUCUUGCGCGCGAAGGCACAGCCGCGCAACGUGUGGGAGACGCCCGGCCGUGGGAUUUCAAAUCGGACAUGUAUGAUGCCGGGAAACGAUUGGAAGCAGGCAUGGUUAGCGCAGAGUAGAUUGUGAGCAGAGAGAAUAAUAGCUUGGUAAGUGCCCCGCAUGCGCCAACUCCAACGUCGGUAGACCAUCGUGCCUGUGAUAGCGGCAGAUAGUCCGGCAGGUGCGUGCGGACAGGCAACUGCGUCUAUGCAGAGCACACAUGGGCGGCAGUUGUGGUAGCUGCACGGAAGGUGGCAUUUGUCCUCCGGUACGACAAGUAGAGGGCACGAUUUCUUUUGACCCUGCCUUGGCAGCUUCCUUCGUCACUGCGCAGUACGGAAUUGCUGGGUUGGUUGGUUGGUCCAGGGUCCAGCGCAUCCGGCAUCCUGGACUGCCAUGGGAGUCAGUCGGUUUGUUGGGAGAUGAACGUGUGUCCUACACGAAGCGACGAGCCGGCCGCAGGGAAUGGUGCAUGUUUUGUAUGUGUAAAGAACCGCAACC